AUGAUCAUGAAAAGUGAACCUUCUGCUCUGCCUUAUCUGGCCUGGUUUGAACUUGAAGGAAAUGCAAGUGUUGCACCACAGGAGAAUGGGUUUAUGGAUUCGCUUUCUCUCUUGAACUCUGAGAAGGCAGUGCAGGAACUUAUUCAGGAGCCACAUGUUAACGGGAUUGAUGAUCAUCUUAUAGAGUUCUCAGAGGCUAUGAGAACUGUUGCAAAGGCAUUAAGACGAGCUGCUGAAGGGAAGGCUUCUGCCCAAGCUGAGGCUGCAGAAUGGAAACGGAAAUAUGAACUAGAGAGGGCACGGAAUCUGCAGUUUGAGCAUGAAGUGCUGUCAUCUGGAGAGCAUAGUGGUGAUUUUGAUGAUGGGAGGGCAGAAAACUUGGGAGAUCAACUCUUGCUGUUGAAUGAGGCUGGUGAGCAAUCUGAGAGGUGUUGUGGGAAGCAUGGAAUUUGCUCUCAUGAGGUUCUUCGGGAUGGAGAAUCUGAUUCCAAUCCUAUUCAAAAUAAGAUUGUCAGAAAGGCAUCAUUUAAACUAUCAUGGUGUUGCAAAGGUGAAAAAAGUGAUCAGCAUAGACAUGAUGUCGUCUCUUUUGAAAAGGGAAAUAUAACAACAGCAGAGCGCAGCAGUAACCAGAUUUCUUUGAAGUGGGAAUCUCCUCCACAAACAGUUCUUAUUCUGACCAAACCAAACUCAACUUCUGUUCAAGUUCUUUGUACUGAAAUGAUCAGGUAG